AAGAAAUAAAAAGGGGUAGAGACUCUGCACUAUUCUCUGCCUUAUUACUCCCAAAGCUCAAGAACCAAAACACAUGCUCUCUCCCACUUUUCAAGUCACUCCUCAUCAUCACUACCACCACCACCACCACCAACGUCUCCUCCUCCUCCUCCUCCUCCCUCUUCAGCUCUUCUUCUCCAAACCCAUUUUGCAGACCCCUCCAUCGAUCUCUCAGCCAAACUCAGGGUGCUAACUGAGGAGCAGCAGAGAUGAUCACGCCAACCGACUUUUACCACGUGAUGACCUCCAUGGUUCCACUCUACGUGGCCAUGAUCCUGGCCUAUGGCUCGGUCAAGUGGUGGAAGAUCUUCACGCCGGACCAGUGCUCCGGGAUCAACCGGUUCGUGGCCUUGUUCGCGGUCCCUCUCCUCUCCUUCCACUUCAUCUCAACCAACGACCCUUACACCAUGAACUUCAAGUUCAUAGCAGCUGACACGCUGCAGAAAGUCAUCGUCUUGGUGGUCCUCUUCGUGUGGGCUAAGGUGAGCAAGAGAGGCUCGUUGGAGUGGACUAUCACGCUGUUCUCUCUGUCGACUCUGCCUAACACGCUGGUUAUGGGCAUUCCUUUGCUCAAGGGCAUGUAUGGGGACUUCUCGGGGAGCCUCAUGGUCCAGAUUGUGGUGCUUCAGUGCAUCAUCUGGUACACUUUGAUGCUCUUCAUGUUCGAGUACCGAGGUGCAAGGAUGCUCAUCUCCGAGCAGUUCCCGGACACGGCAGGGUCGAUAGUAUCGAUCCAUGUCGACUCCGAUAUCAUGUCGUUGGAUGGAAGACAGCCCUUGGAGACGGAGGCCGAGGUCAAGGAAGACGGGAAGCUCCAUGUGACAGUGAGGAGGUCCAAUGCUUCAAGGUCAGACGUCUUCUCCAGGAGGUCACAAGGCCUGUCCUCGACCACCCCUAGGCCAUCGAACCUGACCAAUGCAGAGAUUUACUCGCUCCAGUCCUCGAGGAACCCCACCCCGAGAGGGUCCAGCUUCAACCACACUGACUUCUAUUCCAUGAUGGCCGGCCAACGGAGCUCCAACUUUGGCUCGGCCGACGUUUACGGGCUCUCGGCAUCGCGUGGUCCCACGCCAAGGCCAUCAAAUUACGAGGAAGAGGGUGGGAACAAACCGAGGUUCCACUAUCAUGGCCAGGGUGGCGGUGCUCACUACCCAGCCCCAAACCCGGGAAUGUUCUCGCCUAAAAGCGGCGGCGGUGGCGGCGGCGCUAAUAAUGUGAAGAAGCCUAAUGGCCAGGCUCAAAAGGGUGAAGAUGGUGGGAAGGAUUUGCACAUGUUUGUCUGGAGCUCGAGUGCUUCCCCAGUUUCUGACGUUUUUGGAAAUAACAACCAUGAUCAGUUUGCAGCUAAUGAAUCAAAGGACGUGAGGCUGGCUGUUUCUCCUGGUAAAGUGGAGAAUCAGAGAGAGAAUCAAGAAGACUACAUGGAGAGGAACGAGUUCAGCUUCGGCAACAGAGAGAACAUGACCCAGGAGGCUGAGAAGGUGGAUGACGGGAAGCCCAAGGCAAUGCCUCCAAGCAGUGUAAUGACCAGGCUCAUCCUGAUCAUGGUGUGGAGGAAGCUCAUUAGGAACCCCAACACAUACUCAAGCUUGAUUGGCCUCACUUGGUCCUUGGUCUCAUUCAGGUGGAAUCUGGUGAUGCCUGCAAUUAUAGCAAAGUCCAUCUCAAUACUGUCAGAUGCAGGACUUGGCAUGGCCAUGUUCAGUCUUGGGCUGUUCAUGGCAUUGCAACCGAGGAUAAUAGCAUGUGGGAAUUCUGUAGCAACUUUUGCGAUGGCCGUGAGAUUCCUCACAGGACCAGCUGUCAUGGCUGCUGCCUCCAUCGCUGUUGGCCUCAAAGGAGUCCUCUUGCACGUUGCCAUUGUCCAAGUACUCUCUCUCUCUCUCUCUCUCGUCUGCUUCCUUCUGACACUACCAAUCCUACUUCACUGGUCGGCUCUUCCACAAGGGAUUGUCCCCUUCGUCUUUGCCAAGGAGUACAGCGUGCACCCAGACAUUCUCAGCACAGCGGUCAUAUUCGGGAUGUUAAUUGCUUUGCCCAUAACACUCGUCUACUACAUUUUGCUGGGCAUAUGAAGUUGGAGCAGACUGGACAUGGUUGGGAUGGUGACCGUCCAUGGGGAAGUUCGAUGUUGUGGCCAUGUUGGGUUCAUGGAGGAUAUGGCAAACUCAGGGUUUAGUAGGCAGAAGGGGGAAGAUAGGAUGCUUAAUGUUGAAAUGUUGUUAAAAAAGGGAGGGAAGUUGUAUAAUCAUGAUCUUGGUAGUCAAAGGUAGGCUGAAAGAAAAGGUGGGUUGAUGAUCUCUUAGAUCACUGUAAUUUUUCCUUGAUUUUCCAUUUUGUAUGAAUUUAUGCAGACAAAAAAGGGGAAUUAGAAAAGAUUAAAAAAAAAGUUGGGCGAAAAUUGAGUUAAAAAAGGUGGGCAAUGUGAUGAUGAUGCUCCUCAUGUUUUUACACUUGGAUAAUUACUGCAGGAGUAGUGAGACUUUUCCCUCUC